GCCAUUCGGCGGUUUCGCCCCCUGACAAAUUUACACAACAACUGCUGGUUCAAUGCGAACAUACAAGCAUUGAUUUCGACAAAUGCUGUUGAUGCCCUUUCGGAAGUCCCUGAUGAUGAAUGGGCAAAUCGCAAAGACAUGGAAAUCAGCCGUUUUCUGAGAAGAUACAAGAAAAACAAAGUCCUCCAAAAAAAGCAUACCCGAUCAUUGCUACAGGCACUGUCUUCACGUAGGGAGGGGUCACUCAUAUACGGACAGCAAAAUGAUGCACAUGAGUUCAUCUCCCUGCACUUGGGGCCUAUGAUGUCAAAUAUUGGAAUGAACACGAUUGAAGUGGAGCAGUGUGUACUUUGCACGACUUGCAAUGAAAGAACACAAAUAAGGAGACAUGAAUUCACAGAGAUAAUUGUUCCUGUACUGAGUAAUGCAGAUAAAAUUAGUUUGCAGAGGGAAGUGGACAAAAUGGCGAAGGAACCAGAACUCAUAGAACGCGGAGAUCCAUGUGAAAAGUGUAGGAACUGUUCACAACUUUCAACUCAGAAGAAGUUAAAGACAGUUCCUCAGUGUUUAAUUAUUAUUAUGCUGAGGAACCAAAGCCAAGGGAAGAUGUUGGCAUCGGUGGAACCCCCAGACGAGAUAUUCAUGACCUAUUUAAGGGGGACAGAAAAUGAUGAAGUGAUGAGCAUUUAUCAGUUGAGGUCGGUAAUUGUCCACAAGGGAGACACAUGUGAUGUUGGACACUAUGUUACGAUGGUUAGGAAGUCCACUGCAAAGAAUGGUUGGAUACUAUGUGAUGACCACAUCAUAGAAAAUGUACGGCCCCAGGACAUAGCUGCAGUCUAUGAUCAAAGCUACAUAAUCAUGUAUGAUAAUACCACUUCAAUCCAACAAGAAAUAUCACAACGCGUUACAAGUGACUCUACCAGUCAUGGAACAUCAGAUUCGGGAAAUGGAGCUAGGAAACCCACUGAAGAAUGUAGCGAGCAGUCCUUAAAGACCAAGACCUGUGAUGAUAUUGUGACAGAUGACACACAACCUACAGGCGUGAGUGAAAGUGAUGACAUAGAAAUAAAAUGUGGUGAUACAUAUGUCAUCAUAGAGACAAUUAGAAUGAACUGCCAAAGGAAACCGAAUGAUGUCAUGAGACAGGUGAAUAAAAUUUGCAUACGGUACAGGGAUAUAAAAACACUGUUCGACGACAACUGGUUGAAUGAUGUAGUCAUCAAUGGCUAUCUGGAGCUGAUACAUAUGAAGUCUAGGAUGAACGACGACCUGCCAAAGAUUUACAAUUUUAAAUCACAAUGGUACCAAAAAGUAACAGGGACAGGAGAUACGUCCCUUCUCAGAUGGACGAGGAACACAGAUCUCGGAGCAUACGAAUGGUUACUGUUCCCAGUGAACAAUGGUGUUCACUGGUUCCUUGUUGGCAUCAACCUGAAGAACAAGACUGUAACUACAUUUAAUUCAAUGCACGGCGAAAAUAUGAGAGAAAUGGAACUUGCAGUGAAAGUUGUGCAGGACGAUUGGCGAAAAAAAUUCAGUAUCCCGUUCACAUGCAAAAUAAAGAAGGUGUCAACUCCACAUCAGCACAACACUGAUGAAUGCGGAGUGUAUUUAAGUUACUUUGUGUAUUACCUCGGUAUGAACAAGGUUGUGGAGGAAAUACCGGAUAUAGACACAAAGCAGUACAGGCAUUCAAUGAUAUUAGACCUAUAUAGAGGUUCCGUCACCAACUAGGUCUGAUGCGACAUAGAUAGAGAUUCAUUUUUACGUUCAUUUUUAACAGGUUGGCUGCCAUACCCUUCUUUAAGGUUCUUCCCCUUGCGCCAAAACAAGUUCACAUGUACCAACAUACAUUUUUUUAAAUGUCUAAUAAUUU